AGAGCGCCCUCUCUAAACACUCAGGCCCCGCAUCCGGCGGCUGUCGAAUGGAGGUGUUUCUCUUUUGGCUUUUUCCCUCGGCCCGGCCUUGUCCGGAGCUGCCUCUACCAUGCGGUUCCGAGCGAAGAUCGUAGACGUGGGGUGCCUCAACCACUUCACUCGUACGAUCAACACCAUCGCCAAACUCACCAAGACCUGCACUCUCCGCCUGACAGCGGACAAGCUGUACUUCAUCCUGAGUGACAAAGUGGCCAAUGGAGGUGUUGGCAUGUGGUGUGAACUCAGCCAGGGGAACUUCUUUGAUGAGUUCCAGAUGGAGGGGGUAGCUGCCGAACACAAUGAAAUUUAUUUGGAGCUGACCCCUGAAAACCUCUCCAGGGCCUUAAAAACGGCCCAGAAUGCCAAGGCUGUGAAAGUCAAGUUGACCAACAAGCAUUGCCCCUGCCUCACAGUUGCUGUGGAACUGCCGUCCUUGUCAAGCAGUAGCCGCAUCGUGACUCAUGACAUCCCAGUGGGGGUAAUCCCGAGAAAACUGUGGAAUGACUUCAAGGAGCCAGUCGUGCCUGAUUUUCAGGUCAGCAUUUAUUUACCAGUCCUGAAGACAAUGAAGAGUAUUGUGGAGAGGAUGAAGAACCUCAGCAACUCCAUAGUGAUAGAAGCAAAUCUAAACGGUGACAUGAACUUGAAAAUCGAAACAGAACUCGUAUCGGUCACAACUCAUUUUAAAGACCUUGGGAAUCCUCCUUGGGCGUCUGAGAAUGGCUCUCAAAGUUCUACGCAAGACCUCGAGAGCAUGGCAGAGGUGCGAAUUGACAUCAAGAAGCUUCUGCAGUUUCUCGCUGGGCAGCAAGCGAAUCCCACGAAAGCCCUGUGCAAUAUUGUAAGCAAGAGGAUUGUUCACUUCAUCUUGCUCCACGAAGACGUUUCCCUUCAGUAUUUCAUUCCAGCUCUGGCGUGAGCUGAGUCGCCGUUCCAAGAGCUGCUGUUACCCUAUGCCGGCAUCUCUUCUCAAAAUGCCAAAACAGGGAAGGAACAGAAGGGUUUAAGCACUGGUAGUUGCUGGUUUCUAUGUUCAGAAGAAUAUUUUUAGAGUCUUAUUGUACUGUAAAUACGUUUCAGUAUUUGUUGAUAUUUUUAUUUAAAUUUUAUUAAACAGUUCUUUGGAA